AGAUUCUGCUGCCUGGGAGCCAUGAAACAGAAAGUCAAGAACGGUUCAGGUACCUUGUUCAACAUCUGGCUUCAACUAGAAAUUAAGAAUGGUCCCCAAACAGAAAGCCGGGCGUAGGAACCAGUUAGCAUAGGUCAAGGCCCUACCCGGACUUAUUUUCUUUUGAGUCCUCAGGAAGUAGGGGGCUUUCUCUGAUUCCACUUGCCGGAAGUGUGUUUCCAGGGAGAGGCGGGCUGUUUUCUUGCGGCUGUUUUCCAUCUCUCUGUGCAACGCUGAAAAAUGCCUCUGAGUCAGAGCCUCCACUGAGCUGUAACAACACGUUAACCAGAACUGCCCGGCAUCUUCCUGAACAAGACUUUCAAUAGGGGCUAGUAUGCUUCGCUUCAUCCGGUUUUCUCAAACAUCUUCAAAGAUGCUGAAGUACUCUUUCCCAGUGGGACUAAGAGCCAGCAGAACAGAUACACUUUCUCUCAAGAUGUCUCUCCAGCAGAACUUUUCCCUGUUUCCAAGGCCUUGGCUUUCUUCUUCAUUUCCAGUGUAUAUGAGCAAGACACAGUGCUAUCAUACAUCCCCCUGCAGCUUUAAAAAGAAGCAGAAAGCAACACUUCCAUCCAGGCCACCAAGCACCAUCUCUUAUCUGCCUGAGAGCCCAAAGCCAGCAUUAUAUAUAACUGUGGCAGGACUAAUCCCCUUCGUUGCUCCACCACUGGUCAUGCUGAUGACAAAAACUUAUAUUCCCAUAUUAGCUUUUACUCAGAUCGCUUAUGGAGUCACUUUCCUAUCUUUCUUGGGUGGGAUCAGAUGGGGUUUUGCUCUACCAGAAGGUAGUCCAGCCAAACCAAAUGUCCUUAAUUUGGCUAACAGUACAACUCCUCUUUGGUUUUCAUGGUUUGCCUUCAUUUUUUUUGAAAAACUCAGUGAAGCAGAAGCCAUAGUCACAAUAAUAAUGGGUCUGGGGAUAGCAUUACACCUUGAAGUUUUUCUCUUACCACAUUAUCCCAACUGGUUCAAAGCCCUGAGGUUAGUAGUCACUUUAGUGGCCACUUUUUCACUGAUAAUCACUUUAAUAGUUAAAGAUGCUUUUUCCGAAAAAGAACAUAAGAAACCUGGUCAAAUAUAAAAAUACACUGUAGAUAACAUUAGUAUGCUGGUUACACCUUUUUCUGCUUCUGUUUGGCUCUUUUUUCCCACACCAAUGGUAAUUUACUCUUCACAGAUUGUUCUUCAUUUCUAGAAGUUGUUAUUUCAUAGUAAUUACUUGAGCAAGAGCUUGAAAAUCCCUGUCAAAUGCUUUCAUUUCAUAGUAAACUAGUUUUCGGUCAUUUUAUGAAUAAUAUAGUUAUCAUAGUUAAACAUUUGAAUGUUUUAGCUCUCCUGAAAAUUAAAAGAUUAAAAAUCCCCUU